AUGUCAGUGAAGAAUCCCAUCAUAUCCGGCUUCUUCCCGGAUCCGUCAUGUAUUAAAGUCGGAUCAUCCUUCUAUGUGGUUAAUUCCAGCUUCCAAUUCUUCCCUGGUAUUCCCAUCCACGAGUCCAAAGAUCUGGUAAAUUGGACGCAUAUCGGAAACGCCAUCUGUAGGCCGUCACAGCUCGACCUCAACCAAGCGACGACCCGCAACACUCCCUCACGCAAUGAGAUUUUCACCGGCGGACUUUUCGCACCUACAAUUCGUCACCACAAGGGGACCUUCUAUAUCUUCUGUACGAACUUGUACCUCAAACCGGAGGACGCGCCGGAUGGAGACUACUUCCCGCAGAACUUUUUCAUUACUUCGACCAACCUGAAGGAUCCGUCCACGUUCUCAGACCCCGUGUUCUAUGAAUUUUACGGCAUCGACCCGAGCGUGUAUUUUGAAGAAGACCGCGUUUACGUUCAAGGGAGCUUCAUGCUUGGGUACGACCGACCAGUUCAGGCGACGACCAUCAGUCAAUUGGAGAUAGACAUCGAGACCGGGAAAAGUCUGGGUCCCAUCAAAGAGAUCUGGAAGGGCCACUCGGGCAUUAUUCCGGAAGGACCACACAUCUAUCGCAAAGAUGGAUAUUAUUAUAUGCUUGUAGCCGAAGGGGGAACCUUUGACGGCCACAUGCUGACCAUGGCCCGGGCAAAAGAGUCGAUCUGGGGUCCUUACGAGCCUUGUCCGCAUAAUCCCGUCAUCCGCGCCAACAAUGAUGUUUGUCCACUUAUUCAGCGCAUCGGGCAUGGAGAACUGGUUUACGACGAUGACUCUGGCACCUGGUGGGCGACAGUCCUUGCAGCACGCAGUGGUGGUCGGUCAAGUUUCCCGCUGGGCCGUGAGACAUUCUUGACAAGUGUUGACUGGCCCGAAGGGGGCUGGCCACGCUUUGCGCCUGUGGAGGAAUCCAUGAACAUCCGAGCGCCGUUGCGAGAAUUGAAGUCUGACGCUUUGCGUGGAAAAGGCCAGAAGGUGGCCUUGCAGGAUCCCAAGACAAUCUUCCUACGAACCCCAGAACUCGGCAAUUACCGGCAAGAAGGCGAUAUCCUUUACUUGACCCCGGUUAACGAACCACUUUCUGUCGUUGAGGGGACUAUGACAUUCUUGGGCCAACGUCAAUACCACCUCGACAGCCUGGCGAGAGUAGUGCUUCUGUUACCGGGCAGCGACCAGUCUAUCGGAGAGACUCUCCGCGCAGGUCUCACGGUAUAUAAGGACACAAACCGACAUUGUUCCUUGAUCCUCGACGUUGCAACGAAUGGAGACGUAAACCUUGUCUUCGAAGUUGAAACAGUUGAUGCCCCUGGCCCGCGCAGGCUCGCAUCGAUUCCACUCUCAAGGAAUAGUGGUGUCGUACAUCUAUCGAUCAAAGCCACACCAGAGAAAUAUGAAUUUUUCUUCACCCAGGGAAAAGAUGGCCAUGGAGAGAAGAAGAUUGGUGAAGCAGAGGGGAAAAUAUUGAGCGGCAAUGACUUUACGGGUGCUGUUUAUGCGAUUUUCGCCAGUGGGACUUGGAAGGCGCCUGUUGGGUUUCAGAAUUUCGCUGUGGAGUGA